GUAAGCGAAAAAAAUAUUUUAAAUUUAAAUAGCUACCUGCAUUGUUUGUUUUAAAAACGGUAACUUAUCAUAAUUAAUUUGUUAAAUUUAUAGUGCCUUUAAUUUGUUCAUUUUCCAUUUUAUCUCACUGCACAAAAUACAAAAUGCCUAAGAAAUUUGUGGGGGAGAACAGCAAGGCAGUGGCGGCCCGGGCUCGCAAAGAGAAUGCCAAACAAGAAAAAGAUCAGAAGCUCAAAAAAACUAUAGAAGAUGCGGCCUGGCAGGAGGACGACGACAAAGUCAUCAAGAAGCAGCAGAAGAAGGAAGAGCAAGAGAAGAAGCGUCUAGAACAGUUGCAGAAGAAGGCAGAAGCCAAAGCUUUGUUGGAGAAAGAGAUGGAGUCCAUCAAGACGGCUCCAAAGGUGGCGGCACCGGCUCCCAAGAUUACUCGCGCUCAGAUCACGCAGAUGAAGGAGAAAACUAUCAAGCCCGAAGUAAAGCCUGUGCCUUCCAGAGUGGUGGUCGAGGAGCCGAAGCUAGAAGAGAAUCUCAACAGGAUCCAACUGGACGGAGAAGUGGCGCAAUCUGUAGAAGAGGCUAUUUCUGUGCUCAGUGACGCGAAGGCAGACAUAGACAAGCACCCUGAGAAGCGCCUGAAAGCUGCGUACACGGCUUUCGAAGAAGCCACCAUGCCGCAGCUGAAGGCUGAAAACCCUACCCUCCGCCUGUCACAGCUCAAGCAGCUGCUGAGGAAAGAAUGGCUCAAAUCGCCCCAAAACCCAUUGAACCAGAAGUUUUAAAGCGUAAAUUUUGGAGUGGCAACUGAACUGAUUAACAAUAUGAAUUUUAGGUGAGGUUUGGUGAGCAUGAGUUUAUGAAAUCCAAAAAAAACAUGAUUAUGUAGCUAUUACAAGACGUUUAUCUGUAGGAGUCAUUAAAUGUGUAAUACUAAAAUUAAUUUCGAAAUAUUUAAGUACCUAACAGUCAUUGUAUUAAAGCACUUUAAUAAUUUAAAUUCAAAACAUCUUUAUUGAUAGUAUGUAUAAAACAUUUUAUUAUUUAUAUCCCUUAUAGCAUCAGUCUUACACAGACUAUAAAUUUGUACCCUAAAUUGUAAAUAUUCCUUAAAUAAAUAAAAGAUAACAUAAAAAAUCA